CAACGUCAGACCAAUUUGUCACAAGCAGAAAACGAAAUUUGUUGGCACUUAUUUUGCUGUGCUGAAAGUGAAGUCAAUUACAAUUAAAUCGGAGCUAAAUAACAACCCGCUGUUUCGUACUUUUUAAUUGCUAUAAAGUAAGAAUCGUUUUAAAGUAACCGUCUAACGAUGAAGACAUCAUUUCUACGUGUCACCGUAUGAGAGACACCCAAGGCGGAGGAAUCUGGUCGGAACAACAACAUCCACAUUCGGUUGCCGUGAAAGCGUUCUGCUCUGUACCGUAUUGCCCAAAGGCCAACCCACCCACCCACCCACCGUGUGUACGGCACGACGAUGGAGGACGGCGGACUGUGGUUGAUCGAGCUCGAAUCGGCCCUCCAGGAUGAUUGCACGGUGGACGACAUUUAUGCAAUAUGCCACGGAAAGGCACUCCCCGAAGCGCUACGGCUCGAUGUGUGGCAGGUGUGUCUCGGGGUGCGCAACAAACCGGACCAGCUGGCACAGUUCAACGAGAUCUACGACCUACCCUUCCAGGCGCAGCUGCGGUCGGAUUGUGAGGAAUUUGUCAGCAAGCUCGGAAAUGAGGAUGAGGACAAGGUGUCGGUCGUUUGUGACCUCGAAUCGAUACUUACCUUUUACUGUAAAAACCGCAACCUUGUGUACGAGGCAAACAAUGGUUGGGUGGAGUUGAUGUUGCCACUGCUCUCGCUCAAGCUGAUCCGGUCGGAUACGUACAACCUGUUUGAAGCUAUCCGUGAUACGUACAUUCCAAAGGGCUGCAUGAAAAAUGGGACCGUGUUUAACGUGUUCCGGUUGCUGCUGCUUUACCACGAUCCGGAACUGUGCACCAUACUGGACACGAAGCGCAUAACGCCGGAUUGCUAUGCGAUGGGCUGGUUCCAGACACUGUUUGCCUCGACCUGCACGCUCCCGGUCGUGCUGUCCAUGUGGGACCUGUACUUUCAACAGUCGGAUCCGUUCCUGGUGUUCUUCCUCAGCCUGAUCGUGCUGAUCAACCAACGUGAUCAGAUACUGACGAUGAAGGGUUCCACGAAGGAGGAACUGAUCAGCUUUCUAGUCAACAUGCCCUGCAACAUCGAGGCGGACGAUGUGCUCGAUUUCUGUUCGCUCGCACAGUAUUACUCCGUGAAAACGCCCGCCUCAUUCAAGCGCGAUCUACUCCAGGUGUUGUUUGGUGCUCAGCGAGGAUCCGGCAAGCCGGAAGGAUCGGUCGUCUCGCAGGCCCUCUGUCUGCCGGUGUCGGUGAACGAGCUGAUUGAGAACGCAUCGCUGAUAAAUCCACACCCGGAAGCAGUACGCUUCUUUCUGGUCGAUUGCCGUCCGGCGGAACAGUACAAUUCGGGACACCUUUCGACGGCGUUCCAUCUGGACAGCAAUCUGAUGCUGCAGGAACCGGAAGCAUUCCAAACGGCGGUGCAAGGAUUGCUUCGCUCACAGCGCAAUGCGAUCGAUGCUAAUUCCAAUGCGGGCGGAGAGCAUCUGUGCUUCCUGGGGUCCGGGCGGCUCGAGGAGGAUCAGUACACACACAUGGUGGUGGCAUCGUUUCUGCAGAAAAAUACCAAAUACGUAUCGCUGCUGACCGGUGGAUACGAAGCGAUACACGAAUACUUCGGUGAGAGUAUGGUCGACUGUUUGGAGGAUCAUGAUCCACUCAAGUGCUUGCUGUGCAACAAGGAACAACUACGGUACGGUGGGCCAAAGGGAAGCGGAAACAACAACAUCCAGAAAUCGCUCCCGAGCGGUGCCAACAGUGCUAGCAGCAGUGCCACAAACAGUCUCAAACGAGCGUCACAACGAUCCGGAAAUCAUAGUACGGCAAACGGCAAUGGUGCUGGCGAUCGAAAGUCCACGAUCGAUCUGUUCAGCAAACUGUCCCUGGCGAUGAAAACCAAGUCGGCCGAAGUGAAGGAAAAGCUGAUCGAUUACAUUUCCAACCCGAACGCAACCGAACCGGGAACGAGCCGUACCGGAAACGGUGCAGAGAAACACGUUUCCCGCAACGAUCGCAAUGGGAAGCGAUACCGGAACGUACCGCCAGUGUUCAGCAUCGGCGAAGACCACGAAGACGAUGAUGAGCUCAACUCGGCCGCCAGCGAAUCUUCCUCGGUAGCGCGUGGCUCGAAAACAAACGCCCAGCAGCAGCAGCAGGCCGAUCCCGGUGCGCAAGAGAUCGUUUCGAUACAGAGCUUCCUGAAAGGGCCGGACGUGAUACGAUAUUUCAAAUGUCAGGAGGUACAUCUGAACGGGUACAUGUACGACAGCUACCUGCUAGUGACCGCGACCCACAUGAUCGUACUGCGCGAGCUAGAAACGCAGCGAGAUCGGGCACGUAUCAUCGUACGCCGGUUGCUGCAGAGCAUCGUGAAGAUAACGGCCAAAAAACGCCAUCGGGAUCUGAUCACGUUCAAGUACGGCUAUCCGGAGGAGGAAAACCUGGUCAUUACGGAUAUGGAUCGGUUCCUCAUACCGAACGCGAGCGAAGUGACCGAUCUAAUCUCGCGACACAUCAUUAAGCAGACGUGAGCGUGCGAAGGACGGGGCGUCUAGUCUGUCCCUUUUAGCGUUUUUCGGGUUUUUUUUUUUGUUACCACACCAGAAGAAUAAUAGCCAUCAUCUCAAGCGCGUGCUCUAGCCAAGAAGGUAUCCAAUUCCGUCGUGCAUCGUUGUUAAUUUCGUUGUAUGUUUAUUGUAUUCCCAGUUUAUUUUAAUUACUAUUUAGUGACGCUUAUUUUAUUUUUGACGCUUAUAGCGAACGCGCAUCGGCCAAUGCGCCAUUUGUCCAAACGUUACUUAUCCCGGCAUAGAAAAGAAGUAGGAGUUUUGUAUAGCAAUGCAUCCGUGUGUGUGUGCGAGAGAGAAUAGCUCGACCGAAGUUUUAAUUUGUUUCCUUCCUUUGUAAAAGAACUAUUUAUCAGAAGAAACUGGCAGAGAACUGUGAAUCCGAGAUUUCCCAAUGAUUCCUCCACCCAGAGAGAUGUGUCUGAUGGUCGGAAAAAGAAGCUUGUGUAUAGAAAUAAACCGUAAACCCAAAGUUUUCCUUCCCCGUGCCCCGGUAGCAAGCAGGUGGGAGUUGUUACUUAAAUUUUAAAACCAAAA